GGCGGGGGCGGGGUGGGGGAGGCAUGGGGUGUUGGAGAGUCUGAAGGCAGGGCUGGAGUGGCUGGCGUCCCAGCUGGUCUGGGACCGCUCCCUCCCCCCGGGCCGCCCCCGGACGGCGCGCGAGACCACGAUGCUCGUGUUCGCGGUGCUGCGCCUGCUGCUGGGGCUCUUCUUCAUGCUCACGGGGGCGGUCAAGCUCUCCGAGUGUCACGUCCCGGGCCAGGCGUACGUGCAGAUGAGGUCUCAGGCUGCAAAGCUUGCUCAUGUGUUACCACUGAAGAGCUUGGGCUUCAAUCCAGAUCCUGGAGAACUUCUGGUUAUAAUAGGCUGGGUGGAACUCGUGUCUGGUCUCCUAUUGGCCUUGGGACCCCCUUUACUACAGGAUAUCAGCAUCAUUUUGCUCCUUCUGCUUUCUGUGGGUACAGUCUAUAGCUUGCUGUUGCUGAAGGAGCCAGUGUCUUCAUGGGCACCCCCAGCCAUCUGCCUGGGACUCCUGUUUCUGCUCAGUACCCGUGCCUGCCACUUGUUCUGAGUCAAGGCCAAGCCUGAGGGAAGGGUUGGAGAGGAAGUAGGGAAAGGGAAAGGGAGAAGGGUCAUCACUGGGAACUGAACUAUCACAGAAGGGUGGGGAAUGGAAGCCCAUAAGAUCUGGCAGUCUGACUUCCAUUUCAUGUAGAUUUGAUGACAAGGACACGUUUGGAAAACUACAUAAGAGUCCAACCUUGGAAUCUGAACUA